AUGGUUGGAUUUGACGUAUCCAGGUAUCAGAAUGUAUCAAACUCUGAUUUUUUGGUUGCCGGCUGUAUCAGUGGCUUUUGUGGCCGAGCAUGUGUUCAGCCACUCGAUGUUGUUAAAGUCAGAUUUCAGCUGCAAGUCGAACCGAUUUCGGCAAUGCAAGCGUCUGCUAAAUAUCGAAGUGUCUUUCAAGCCAUUCGGUGUAUUUUAAAGGAGGAAGGAUUCGGUGCCUUUUGGAAAGGACACCUUUCCUCCCAAAUCCUUGCUGUUUCCUAUUCGGGUGUUCAGUUUACCUCUUUUGAGCUGUAUACGAGGUGGUGUGCUCAUUUACUGCCUGCACCCAAUGAAAAUGGUGGAACUCACCAGACAGUUGCAUCUGCCGUGAAUUUUACCUGUGGCUGCCUUGCUGGAGUAACUUCAGCAACCUGUACGCAACCCUUGGAUGUGUUAAAAACUCGUUUUAUUGCCCAGGGAGAGCCUCGUGUAUAUAACAAUCUGCGUGAGGCGAUUACUACUAUAGCAAGGAAGGAAGGUUUUCGUGGCUUUUUUCGUGGUCUUAGUCCGUCAAUGCUCUUGACAGCUCCUCAGACAGGUUUAAACUUUGCAGUUUACAAGCUCACGAUUUAUCUUAUUAAUCUUUGGGAGACGCGUGUUCUCGGGCGCCUUCCAUCCGACCCUGCCAAUGCUAGCCUUGUCCAAAGCGUUUUUGCUGGUGCGUUCGCGGGAAUGGUCUCAAAAUGCAUGGUCUAUCCAAUGGAUGUCGCUAAAAAGCGUCUUCAAGUACAAGGCUUUGAGGAGGCGCGAAAUCGCUUUGGCUCUCCGUUGGUUGUCCGAGGACUGCGUGACUGCAUUGUGAAGACGUGGCGCAUUGAGGGAUUGGCAGGUCUCUUCAAAGGUCUCCAGCCUUCCAUCUUCAAGGCUUGUCUCUCCAUGGGUUGCCGAUUCGCCGUCUACGAGAAGAUCUGCAACUUCCUCUCUUACAGGAACACCUCCAGAGCUGCCACUGCUAAAAUUACUCAGUAA